AUUUUAAAGUGUUGCAGUUGUAGUCGACUAACGAUUUCUAAUGGAAAUGUAUAAUAUAUAUUAUAUUAUAUACUUUAUGCAUAUUAUCACGAUGAUAUUAUAAUGUUCAAUUAAGUUGAACACCGUCACAGUCGUCACACCGGUCCUCCAUCGAACUCGAACAGUCCAUAGAUAAAAGAUUGGAACAGUCUACAACUGACAACUGUUACAGGAUAAAAUAUUAAUAUCAUUUCGUACAAGCGUAACUAUAUACCCAAAUGCCGUAUUGUCGUAAUGCCGUAGUGGUGCCGCCUGCUGCAUUAUCAUUUAGAUAAUAGUAAAUAGUAAUAAUAAUAUUCAAUUUAAUCAGAUUUUCAUAUUUUAUAAUAUUUUACAACCUUAAAAGUUGUACAGUCGCGAUUGUCUGAUAGAUUGCAUGUCCCGAAGUGAUCAAUUUUAUUAUUUUCGUAGUUGUACUGUAGCUGUCAAAUAAUGAUUUGCUAUCAGUUAGCAUUGUCGAAUGUACAAUCGCUGUAGUUAUUGUAAUAAAAUUCUUGUCAUUUGUACUACCUACUAUACUUGUAACAGCUAGUGCCUCUAAUAGGUACUAUUAUACAUAAUGUUGGAUUUACAAGAACCAAAGUCUAAAAAACCAGCUGAUACCGCAUUCAAACAACAACGGCUCCCUGCGUGGCAACCAAUUCUCACGGCACGCAAUGUAAUGCCCAUAUUCUUUGCAGUGGCAGCAGCAUUUAUUCCAAUCGGCAUAGGUUUACUAUACCUUACAAAUCUGGUUCAAGAAUUUACUCUUGAUUAUACCCACUGCAAAUCAAUUGAUUCAAUUUAUGAUACGCGAUCUUGUGCUGACAUUAUUGGUAGCAAUCGUAGUAUGUCUUGCCAUUGCAGUAUUCCAUUUAAAUUGGAUGAAGACUUUUCUCCUAAUGUUUACAUGUACUAUGGGCUAACCAACUAUUACCAAAACCAUCGGCGYUAUGUAAAAUCAAGGGAUGAUUUUCAGUUGCUUGGAAAACUAAGCAAAACUCCAUCUAGUGACUGUGCUCCAUAUGAUUAUCACAACAACAAGCCCAUUGCUCCUUGUGGAGCAAUUGCCAAUUCAUUAUUCAGUGAUAAAUUAACAUUGAUGUACAAUGAAAGAUAUGUUCCAUUACUUAGAACACAAAUUGCUUGGAAAUCUGAUAAAAAUAUCAAAUAUCAAAAUCCAGAACAUUCCAAAGGAAAUUUGAAAGAAGCAUUUAAAGACUUUGAAAAACCAAUUGACUGGCGUGUGAAUAUAUGGGAAUUGGAUGAAGAAAAUGAAUUUAAUAAUGGUUUUGAAAAUGAAGAUUUGAUUGUUUGGAUGCGAACUGCAGCACUUCCUGAUUUUCGUAAAUUAUACAGACGUAUUGAUCAUUCUAAGGAAUUUAAAAAUGGCUUACCCAAAGGAAAUUACAAAUUAAUGAUAGAUUAUAAUUAUCCAGUUGCAGGCUUUGGUGGAACAAAAAGUUUGAUACUGUCCAAUACUUCAUUCACAGGAGGCAAAAACUCAUUUCUUGGAUAUGCUUAUAUUGUUGUUGGAUGUUGCUGCUUUUUAUUAGGGUUAUUAUUUUUAAUUCUUCAUAUCAAAUAUAAGCCCAGUGCAAGUACAGGUGACAUUUCCAUCGUUUCACCAUCAACAUCUUAUCAGUGAUUUAGUAAAAUUAUUUCUUUAUUGAAGAAAAUACCUUGUGUUUUUUGCACGUACAAAUUAAAUUGGGCUGUGCUUCAAUUAGCAACUAAUGAGCUUUAUAAGACAAUGUGAUAUAUAUAAAAACAAUUUAAUUUAUCACGAUUCUAUAAUCACAAUUGACCAAUGUCUAAUUUAUACUAAAAUGUACUUAUAAGUUAAUAGGAAUUAUUGUACCUUAAAAUAUAUCUGUAGUAAAUAUUAUAACACCAUACAACUUAAAUCAGAUGAAUCCGAUUUCCAUUAUUAAGUUAUAUCAUUAAGUAUUACAAAACACUGUCACUGAAAUAAGUUUUGAUAAUUUGUUAAAAUUUGUUAUAAAAAUAAUUUGUUACCUUUAUAUAACAUUGUUAAGCUUUAAACUAUGUAUUUGCACAAUAUUUUAAUGUAAAAUGAAUCUUAAAGAAGGAUUUUAAGUAUGUGUCUAGUCAUAAGGGCUAACAUUUGUUAGCUGUUAAUAAGACUUAAUUUUAGAACACUAAGCUUAAAGCUUAUUUUAGUAUUAUUUGUUUACACUUAAAUAUUAUUAAAUAAUAAUAUAUUUGUUGAU